AGAGUCUCUCAGGUGUGAUGUAAUAAUCAAAUGUAAAUGUAUUAAUUAUAAAAUGAAAACUAACUAUAACUCCGGUAACAACUGAAACUAAAUGAUCAAACAUCUGAAAAGAAGGAGGAAGAUGCUUUUCUCUUUGUGGGAGUUGUUCAUGCAGAAAGUUUCGUUUUUCUGUAAAAGGGAUCGUAAGAGAAAGAGAAACUAACCCUCGACCUGCUUCUGUGUGAUGAGGACUGUGUUCUGUUGCGUCCGCAAAUACGCAAUGUUUGCGCUUUUCUUUAGCACAAUUUAUCCCGCGUUUGGAUGGUUAUGGCGAAGACUGCCCAUACUGUGGUGCUUCGUUACGAGAAAAUGUCCGAUACUGCUUAAAUUUUCCAGAUUGCCGCUUCUGUGGCGAAAAGGAGGCGGAAACGAGCCAGAGACAAGCGGCGAGAGCAACCCGUCUGUCGGACCUUAUUCUGAUGAUGAGGAGGAGUCUCUCGGUGAGGAAGCCGGACAGAGAGGCCCGGACCCGGAGGCCCCCGGCCCGGACCCGGAGGCCCGCAGCCUGUGGACGAACUUUGGCAAAGACGCGCGUGAACAUCGCGAGGAGCCCACGGAAGAGUUCUGUUGUGCCUAUGAUUCAACCUGGGAAAGCGAGGACCAGGACCCGAUCCGGACUGUCAGGAGGACCAGGCAUUCAGCAGGCUUUAGAAAUGAGAGAUUCAGGAGGUUUGAAAAUGCUGCCAAAGACAUGCAGAACUACAGACACGACUACCCGGGACAAAACAAGAAACAGUACCAGAGAAAUCCAGCAUCUGACAGAAAGCCCAAUUUGAGCUUCUACACUGGAGAAACACACUCCUUACCAGAUGGUGUCUUUAUACGUGAUUUCCACAAAAAAUGGCACGGCGAUUACGACUCACUGGAGCGUGUGCACACCUUCAUUCAGUGGUUGUUCCCACUGCAAGAGCCAGGGGUGAACUAUGAAGCCAGCACGCUGACAAAAGAGGAAAUCAAGGAAUUUUGUGAAAACCCAACUGCCCAGAGCAAUCUGCUCAAGUCUUAUAAGCUCAUGCUGGACUUCUAUGGCAUUGAGCUGGUUAAUGAGACAACAGGUGACGUAAAGAGAGCCAAGAACUGGAGAGAGAGAUUUGACAACCUUAACAGUCACACACACAACAACCUGCGCAUCACCCGCAUCCUGAAGUGUCUGGGAACCCUGGGAUACCCUCACUACCAAGCCCCUCUGGUCCACUUCUUCCUGGAAGAGACUCUCGUCCACCGAGAGCUUCCAAAGGUCAAAGAGAGCGUCCUCAACUACUUCGUGUUCGCUGUCCUCAAUAAGAGCGAGCGCAAGGACCUCAUCCAGUUUGCCUAUAAGCACUACUUUCCCAGAGAGGAGUUCGUGUGGUGCCCGAGGAGAAUCCAGAAGAUGUGGUCGAGUAAAAGGGUCUUCAACGUGUGAUGAAUGGAGGACUUUACUACUUUACACUGUGAGGCUCAGGAUGAAGAAACAACGGUUCACGUGUCCUGCUUUUGAAUUUACUGAUCAAGUUAAAGCAAGUUUUAAGUGAGCGUUUAAAUCCUUCACGCUUUGCAGCAAUCCAGUGUAGUUUUUUCAUUUCCAUGUUUUGUCGGGUUUUUUUUUGUCUUGCAUUAAACAGAA